GUUAUGGUUCUAUAUAAAGCGCUUGGGGAAGCCUGUCUUAAUAUUCGCUGCCUCCCUUCAGCAGUAAACAGGACAAUGCUGUCAACUUCUCAGGUCUCCGUGAAGAGCGCCAUCGACAGCAUGCUGAGCUGGACCAGUCUGAAACCCAGCAAGAACCCCGGGAAGCCUCCGUGUCUUAAGAGCAAAGACAUCUUCAGCAUCGUAGUGACCCCCGACCGCAUCCCUAAGUUCUUCAUACCUUCACUGGACGUGGAACAUUUCAUAGUGCAGGUGUGCCCUGAAGAUAAUAAGCCCAAGUCUGAAUGGAAGAGAGGCUCGGGGGAGCUGAAAGGGAUCGCCCGCCCGCGAAGAAGCGACUGGGACACCUGCAACAAGUCCAACAAGAAAACUCUUUGCAAAAAUAUGUCACUCCAGUCCUUCGACGGGGCGCUGUUUCCACUGUAUCUGGAACGGGCGUCAGAUCACUCCGAUCCUGCCACCAGAGCAGCGCUCUCACUGCCGCACCUCGCCAAAGUCACCACUCCUUACGGGUUCCUGGCGCUGGGGGAAAGCCCUAACAUUAGAAGAAAGGAGUCCCUGUUCUUCGAGCAAGAUCCCAACGACAUCAGGACUCUGCUCUCCCAGAGGAAGAAGAGCAACUCGCUAUUUAGGAGUCGCUCGAGCCCGCUCAGCGGCUCCAAACAGCAGCACACAGCCCAGAGUGAAGAUACCACACAAUCCAGCCGAUCCGUGUCCUGGGACGCGAUCUGUAAAAGCAGUCUGUCGUCAUCUUCCUCCCCUCCAUCGCCACUUUCUUCCUUCGGCACAGAAAGACCGGCGCCAACGCCCGAAAAAAACAAGUUCCAGAGAUUAAUCAAGAAACACAUUUCCAGAAUCAAGCGUAUGCGCCCGGGUAGCACAUCCGUGCUGAAAGCGUCCUCUUCAGUGGACACGGUAGCAUGAUCGCACAUGCACACAGACAAUCAGACAUAUAACUCAACAAACGUCGGCGUCUUGCGCGCACUGAGCCUGUGCACAGACCUUAGGAAAAAAAAUAAAAAAUAAAAAAUAAACACACACACACGCGCGCGCGCACGCACACACACACACACACACACACACACACACACACACACACACACACACAGCAGCAUUUCAGGACCCUGGACGGGGUCAGGCGCUUUCUUGAAACGAAGCUGUUUUGCAAUUGUUAUACGGGUCUCUGUUUAUCCAAUUCCACCACAAAUCUGUCUUCAGGGCUCUUUUUUGGAACCACCUUCGCUCUCUGAUCAAGACGACACGGGCCACAGAGCAGGGCCAGGUGCGUCGGGCGUUCUGCUGUUUUUCUGCCUCGCCCCCUGCAUCGACUGCACGCUCUGUUAUCUCGCUUUGAGUCAUUUAUUCUGAGCCUUUAUGCUUCAAUGUUUGCAUUGUGAUAAC